GGGGCUGGGCUCUAUUGGGGGCCACUGAGCGCCGCUCCAGGACUGGGGCCCGGUGCGGGAGCCCGAGGGGGGCGUCUGGACGGCGGAGGCUAGAGGCUCCCGGGUCCGAGGCGGGAGGGGUGGGGGCAGAGAUCCCGCAGCCCCCCGCCCCCCGUCACCCCCGGAGAGGAGAGGAGAUCUGCUUUCUUGGUUUUUGCUUCUCUUUCCCCCCACCCCCACCCCGGGGGCUGGGGCAAGGGGAGUCGGGUUACAGGGUGUUUGGGGAGGGGGGCUUAGGGGGAGGGUCUAUCUUUCCAUCUCGCUUUCUUCCCCCCUCCCCAGUUCUUUGUUCCCCCUCCCCACACACCCCCUCCUCUCCUCUCCCCUCCCCUCCUCGCUUCUCUUUUCCCUUCCACCACCUCUCUCUCUCCCUCUCUCCCUCUCUCCCCCAGCUUUUGUUUCGCCAUGCCUAGUCUAGUGGUAUCUGGAAUAAUGGAAAGAAAUGGGGGCUUUGGAGAACUAGGAUGUUUCGGGGGAAGCGCUAAGGACCGAGGGCUGCUGGAGGACGAGCGCGCCCUUAGCUUGCAGUAGGAUUUAAUCUGCCUCCUGGGUUUCGGUGAGGGCUACGCCUCCCCUAGCGGUCGUCUCGAGGAUAGGCGAGUGGGUAGGAGGCCCCUGUCACCUCUGCCGCCUCCCUGCAGCUGGUCACCACAUCUAUCGCCUUUGUCACCACCGGCCAUCCCUGUUUUGGGCCAUUUAGCGAAUUCGCUCCAACCCCCCACCGCCCCCAAAGGGGCGAGCGACGCCAAGCUCUGCGCUCUCUACAAAGAGGCCGAGCUGCGCCUGAAGGGCAGCAGCAACACCACGGAGUGUGUACCCGUGCCCACCUCUGAGCACGUGGCCGAGAUCGUGGGCAGGCAAGGCUGCAAGAUUAAGGCUCUGAGGGCCAAGACCAACACCUACAUCAAGACGCCGGUGCGGGGCGAGGAGCCAGUGUUCAUGGUGACCGGGCGCAGGGAAGACGUGGCCACGGCCCGGCGGGAAAUCAUCUCAGCAGCUGAGCACUUCUCCAUGAUCCGCGCCUCGCGCAACAAAUCGGGCGCCGCCUUCGGAGUGGCCCCUGCCCUGCCCGGCCAGGUGACCAUCCGUGUGCGAGUGCCCUACCGCGUGGUGGGACUGGUGGUGGGCCCCAAGGGGGCGACCAUCAAGCGCAUCCAGCAGCAGACCAACACGUACAUCAUCACGCCCAGCCGUGACCGUGACCCAGUGUUCGAGAUCACCGGGGCCCCGGGCAACGUGGAGCGCGCGCGCGAGGAGAUCGAGACGCACAUCGCCGUGCGCACGGGCAAGAUCCUCGAGUACAACAACGAGAACGACUUCCUGGCCGGCAGCCCCGACGCGGCACUGGACAGCCGCUACUCAGACGCCUGGCGGGUGCACCCGCCCGGCUGCAAACCCCUGUCCACCUUCCGGCAGAACAGCCUGGGCUGCAUUGGCGAGUGCGGAGUGGACUCGGGCUUUGAGGCCCCGCGCCUGGGCGAGCAGAGCGGCGACUUUGGCUACGGCGGCUACCUGUUUCCGGGCUAUGGCGUGGGCAAACAGGAUGUCUACUAUGGCGUGGCCGAGACUAGCCCCCCGCUGUGGGCGGGCCAGGAGAACGCCACGCCCACCUCCGUGCUCUUCUCGUCCUCCUCGUCGUCAUCCUCCUCCGCCAAGGCCCGCGCCGGGCCUCCUGGCGCGCACCGCUCCCCCGCCGCCUCCGCAGGACCUGAGCUGGCCGGACUCCCGAGACGCCCGCCCGGAGAGCCGCUCCAGGGUUUCUCCAAGCUUGGGGGCGGCGGCCUGCGGAGCCCAGGCGGCGGGCGGGAUUGCAUGGUGUGCUUUGAGAGCGAAGUGACUGCCGCCCUGGUGCCCUGCGGACACAACCUGUUCUGCAUGGAGUGCGCAGUACGCAUCUGCGAGAGGACGGAUCCGGAGUGUCCCGUCUGCCACAUCACAGCCACGCAAGCCAUCCGAAUAUUCUCUUAAGCCCCCUGCCCUAUGCUUCCUGGGCCCACUCUCCGGAGGCCUGUCCUGGACUGUUUUCCUGAAGGGCCUUUGAGAAAUCAGUGGAAUUUUCGGGACAAGGUGCUUAGAGAUGCUCGCGCUCGUUGGGGCGGGGGCGGGGGUGGGGGGAGGGCAAGGGAGGCGGUGGUGGCCAGAGGGUGGGCCACUUUCAGAGCCUCUGGUCACCCUGUCCUGGGAAGACCGGGAGAGGGGCCAGACCGAAAAUUUUACUAGAGUUACAACUCUUAUACCUCAACACACCCUUAAAUCUAGAAGCAGCUGAGAGAAACUUUUUUGUUUGCCAGAGGUAGCCGCUAAGGCGCCCGGACCCCUUCUGCCCACCUCCCCAUCGGUGUGUCGCCCUGCUCCUUGCUCGGAGGUGGGGGCGGGGAAAGGGAGAAAGAGGACCACCAUCUGCAGCCAGAGGUGCUCUUCCGGGUCCCCCAGUCCUCUGGUCCUGCCCUCCGGCCUCUCCACGUGACCCUUCAGCCCCACCCCCACCCCUACAUCCUGUUCGGGAACCUGUUGUUGGGUUUCCCACAGGGUGAAGGGGUUGGGGCCCUCUCGGAGGUCUGCAGAGAUCUUCUGGAGGGCGGGGUGAGGCGGGGGGGUGGGGUGGGGAGAAGCACGUCCAUCAGUCAAGGGCUCAGAAUCCCUCGGCCCCUCAAAGCUGGGCUAGAGGAGCCUGAAGGGGGCGCUCGCUCUGCCCCGGGACUCCUCUGUCCUUUCCUUUUCCUGCGGCUCCCUUUUCUACCCCUUGGUGGCUGCCGCCCCCAGCCCUAUCCUGCUCCUUUGCUUUAUUUUUCCUCCUGUCUCCUGCCCCUUCCAGUCCAGCUUUGGGAACGCCCUCUCCCCCCCCCCCACUUCUCCAAAGACACCUUGAAUUCUUGAUGGAAUGUACCCCUGUUCUCAGUAAGGAUUCGAGGCGGGGGCUAACGCGGGGGUACUUAAAGGGUCACCCCCGCCUGCGUCAUCCACGGGCAUUAUUGGAAGCAGUUCUGGGCUGUGGGAGAGGUGCGGCUUGGGCUGCCGCGGCGGGAGGGGAAAUGGGUGGAGGCGAGGGCUGCUCCUCCUGCCCUGCUCCCUGUACUGUUGAGACCCGGCAGAGCCUCUACCAAGUCCUCAUCAGCAUGCAAAUCAUGAAAUCUCUGCCCCCCACCAUUGUGGUGGAGGAGAGAGGCGGGGUCCUCAGAGAGGGGGCUGGCGGGCCGCAGCAGGGCUAGGGUGCAGCAGGACCUGUUGUGAGGGUCGUGCACUGUUGAGGGGCCUGCACCUCUUUGCUGCUUCCCUACUGCUCCCCUGGGGCUGCCACCAGCCUCCUGCCCUCCUGGUUCCGCUGGCCGGGCCAGGAGAGGGUGGGAUGGGAGUCCCAGGGGGUCCCAGGAGAUCCUGUAUAUAGUGGAAUGGGGCCAUUUGGAGUCAUCUCUGAGCACUUGGAGCUCGGAGGGUCCCACUUUCCCUGGAUGGAGAAGGGGUGUGGGGAUGGGGGUGCUGAGGGGGCUCCAUCCUGCAUUUCUCCCUGCUGUGAGUGAACUCCCCUCUCCUCAGCCUUCCCCUCCAGCCCGCCAGCCUGGGAGGGGAGAGGAAGGAGGUCCCAGCCCGGAGAUGUGGCCAGGGGCAGCCUCCCUCCUUCCUGCCAACGUGAGCCAUCCUGAGAUGUCUGUACAAUAGAAACCAAACCAAAUGGGCACCCUGGGUCGCCAGGGGCGGGGUGGGGGGAGGGAUGUCUGUCUGUGGAUCCCCUCCCCCUCUCCACUCCUUACCCACUAAGGCAGAAGACUGUUAAGACUAGGGGCUCAGCAAAUUCAAUCCCACCCUUAACCAAUUGAGCCAAACCUAGAAACAAACACAAACCAUGGAGUGAGAGACGAAAUAGAGGAAAGAGAGAGUUUGAGAGGGAGCAAGAUAGGCGACCAACAUAGAGGAGAGAAAACAAAAAUAGCAAAAAAAAAAAAAAAAGCAGUUCUUUAUAAUUUAAUAUUCUAUUUUAAUAAAGGCGUUUAUUACCAUAUAAAUGUAGCAAAGAACCUGGGCUAAUAUGAAAAAAAAGACUUUUUAUUAGGUAAUUUAUUAUAUGAAAAGGAUAUUUUAUUUUAUGAUAAAGUGAUCCUUAAAAAAAUAAAAAAACUUUAGAAGGUUUAGAAUAUAUGUAGGGAGAGAAGAAGAAAAAAAUACAUUUGUAUUCAGAGUUAAAUCUUAAAAAAAAAAAGUGUUUUUAAUAUAUGUUCGGGUUUACGUUCCUUUUUUCCCCCACUUUUAUUUGGGGAGGAAUGUCAUUUGCUUUUCUUGGGGGAGUAUCCUGGGAUGGAUGGGGAGAGGGGGCUGGGGGAACCUGGUCCCUUCUGGGGCCCUGCAGGGAGAUUGGAUUUCACUCUCUGGGCCCCCCCUCCCUCUCCCCCUCCCCCUCAGGGGAGCCGGCAGAGCCAAACAAAGAAAGGGAUUAAGGAGAAAGGAAGAAGUGGGAGGACCGGAGGAUCCUGGGGUGCCCCCCCUCCCCGUGCCCUGUCCCAGGGCCAGUGAGGGGCGAAGAAUCCAGAACAGGCCAGCAGGCCUCGGAGCCCUCAGACAAGUGUGAGAUUUCAGAGAAAUAGAUUUUUUUUUAACCAAAAAUGAGAGAGAGAGUGAAGAAAGAGAAAGAGAAACCGAGGGGUUUAAAAGAAAAGAAUACUACAAAAUAAUUAUUAAUAAUAAUAAUAAUAAUUCAAAUCUAUUUCAUAUAAUCCUAGAGAAAGAAAGAAAGAAUUACUAGUUACUUAGUAGACGAUAUUCAGAUAGCUUAAAGUUUAGUAGCGUUGAGGGCCCCGGGCUCAGUAGAAUGUAUAAAAAUCGUAUUGAACAGAAAAAUAGAGAGAAAUGGCGGAGUCCGCCCUGAGCCGCCCCAUCUUCAGGUUGCAGGGCCGGUGUAGGUUGCUAGUUAAGACUGGGAGCUUCCACUCUGCUGGGGUUGAUGUAAGAAUCCUUGGAGUUAGAAAUUGUAGGACUAAUAGACGGGGCUCCCUUCCCAGGGUCUCUGUCAGCUCAAUCAGGUGGGGGCUGGGCCGGGCCUGCACACCCCGUAGUAGCGGGGGCCUGGCCGGCUCCCCCUUCUGCAGACCGUCGUCCUCUCCUGAUACCUCAGGGAGGAUGGGGCCUGCUCAGUUCCGAGUCUCCCAGGCCUGGCUGAGGAAGUCCUUCCUGAAGUGUGACUUCCAUCCGCUUCGCUAGGGGCUGACUGGAAAGUCAUUUCACACAGACCCCGACACGCACACACCCCCACCCCACCCCACCCCCGACCUCCUGGUGCCCUGAGAGCCUAGGAGGAUCGAGCCCCCCCUUCCCUUCCGUGGCAGCAGCGGUGGGAGUGCCCAUCUCAACUGUGCUGCUCCUUUAAAGCCAUAGGGUGCCCUACAGGUUUGCAAAGUGCUUUAUUGUCGCUUUAGAAGUUAGACUGCAAGAAGGACUUCCUGGGGUAGAGUGGAGACGCUGACCCUGAAGGCCUGGGAAAACAGGGUCCCCGCCCCGUCCCCGAAGGGUAGAGAGGCAGGGAAGGGCACUGGACCUUGGGCGACCUCACCACUAACUCCCCCUGUGAGUGUUCAGGUAGGGGUCAUCCAUGGUGCCCCUGGCCUGGGGGCACGUGGCCCUUCCCAGAGGAGAUUGGGAAGCUUGGCUUUUGCAUGUGGGAACUCAAGGUUUUUAAAGCACUUGCCUUCGACCCACGCCAGCUGGCAGUCCCAUCAGGCCCUUUGCUCCUGUCCCGGUGGUGAGGAGCCCCCUGCCCACGCCCUGGGCUCACCUGUUGGCAAGAGGCACCUGCUCCGAUACACCAAUGACUGCCAUGUCCCUCCCUGCCCUAGACCCCAAACCCAUCUCCCUCUCUCCAGCUCGCUCCUCGCACCCCACCCAGGGACAGGACUCCCCUGCUCUUUUUGUCCUAGGAACCCCGCUAGUUUGGGAUGGUAGCGUCUGGGGUGGGGAGGGCUUCCCCUUCCCCACUCGAGGGUGCGGGUGGGGUCGGGUGGGUGGGUGGAGACAGCCCUGGGGCAGGGGGGAUGGUCUCUCCACUGUAGAAAGUAGAGUAGGAUUGUGGUCAGACUUAAUUUGAGGCAUCUAGUGAAGACACGAACAAAUCCACCAAGGCAAAAGGUUUUUCAAAAGCAAACUAAAGGCGGGAAAUGAAACGGACCCAUGAAUAAUCAAAGUGAUGUUGCACAAAACGCAGAGAAACCAAGAAGGGGGAGGGUUAAUGUAUUAAAUGUGCUAUUAAGAACUUAAUUUUAUUAAAAGUAUUAUUACUUAA